GGACGAAGGAGUUGUUUGAAAACAAUAUAGCUGCCUUUAUAUAUCUUUAUGAAUGGAUGAAAAAAUACCAUUUUUUUAGAUUUCUGCUAGAAUAAUAAUGAACGUGAAAAUGAGAGAGGUAUUAAUUAUGGGAGCUGUCUUUAUUUUGAAAGUUAGUGGACAGUAUACGUUUCCAUCUCCAUGGGCAAGUUCAACAUGGCUAGACAACACACGUGGCAUAAUCACAUUUGGCACAACGACUAUGACUGGAUGGAGUACCACAGUAUUCAAUCAGCAAAUCAGCUCGUGGCAGUGUGUGGACAGCUCAAGUUCUACAACUCUGGUUAUGCGAUCCACCCAGUCGGUGACGUAUAGUACAACGGCGUUUUAUGCAUUUUUGUGUAUGAAAUUUACACAGCUUUCUACAAAUUCAUAUAGCUAUGUACAACAACAAGCCCAACAACAGAAUGCAGGCUACGAACGGCUGUGGUUCUCGUCGGACAGCACAUUAUCCACAGUUUCAACAAUAUGUGAUUCAUCUGCCAGUAUUCCGACCUUAGAAUUUCACGUUCUUGUUAAACAAGGCAUGGGUGACUCGGCAGCAAUAACCUUCCCUAACAAUUUGCUGUUUUCUGCGGACUAUAAAUACAUGGCUAGUGACGGUACAGUCGCAUGUAACAACACCUCGGACACAGUGGACAUGUGCACGGACACCAAGGCAUUGUCCUUCAAUAACUACACUAAUUGCAAGCAAGAAAUAGCAUAUUCUGCUGGUGGUGAACUAUGGUGUGUUGCUACGGCCUCUUUGAGUAGCUACGACUGUGCAGUUGUCUUCAACCGAGACGCAACGAUCUCCGGCACAGCUUCACAGUCCGCAUGUUUGUGUUCGGACGGUAGCUCGGUCUCUGUAGUGUCAGGAAACUGUACUUCAGACCAGACACCAAGCAGUUAUCCCACAGCUGCUGAUGGCACGACCGUAAUAGGAUACCGCCUGACCAUUGAAUCUGUUUAUGCUCCGACGACGACGACGACGACGACGACGACGGGAAGCAGCGGUCUCUGUGGUGGGGUUAUCGCCGCAAUUGUCAUCAUUAUUAUUGUCAUCAUUGUCAUCAUCGUUGUCAGUAUCUUCUUGUACAAACAUGGGCAUUGUGUAAAAAUUUGUAAUCAUCUAAACGGGUGUCAUCUAAUGGGCCCUUGCUGGGCAGCCUGCCGAAAUAAAGUAUGUGUUUGCUGUAAGAACAAAAUAGAUGGAGCAAAGUAGUAUUUUUACCUCAGGGCAUUGAACAAAGAUGUUUGCUUAGUUCAGUUCUCUGAGAUUUUUGGUUAUAAAGUCUAUUUAGUAGUGAUAAUGAUUAAUUAAUUCUGUUGAAACAAGGGACUAUUAGUAUGAUCUAAGUUCUGUGAAAAGGAUUUUGUAAAAUAAGGAGUAAAUUAAAAGUUACAUGGAAAAAACUGGUUUGUAAAACUCAAACAAAGGAUAUUACAUGCCAAAAGGCCUAACUUUUCACAACUUUGAGAUAACCACCAAUAGAAAGCGGAUAUAAAUACAGUGUUUGACAAUUACCUAUACAAACUGUUUGUGUGCAAUCAUGAACAAAACUACAUAUCAGACAAAGGGCAAGAAAGAGGCUCAAGCUGCAGGCAACAAAGGCAGCUCAGUUAAGCCACCACCUAACAAAAUGCCCAACUCUGAAAUGUGUAACACUAGUGCUGAAGAGUUAUCCAUAAUUAGGGCCGGGUACCGCCUUGAAAAAAAUACCGCGGUAUACCACGGUUUUUUCCUAAUUACCGCGGUAUAUACCACGGUAUACCACCAUAUUUAUCGUAAGACUUACAGCUAUUGUAGUGGUCAUAAAAAUAUUUAAAAACUCUCAGAAAUACUUCAUUUAUUAUGAGCAACAACGAAGACUACAGUCGACAUCGUACUUGCGACCACCUCUAUUUAGCGAUUUUUGUAUUAAACGACCGGUCAAAAUCCCUCCCGAACGUUUUCAGUACAUAAAUUCAUUCCAUUAAGCGACUUUUUCAUUAAACGACUAGCGACCACAUUAAUGUAUUCCCGACAGGUAAAUUAUUCGACAAAAGUAUCUAUUAAGCGAUGGGGCACCAAAAUUCUACCGGGCAUUCUUCAUCUGUGAAAUUAGCGAGUACGUUUUGUAUAUGACUUAAUGCAAUUAACCUUUGUAUCAGUCGAACUGACAAACAAUCUAGCCAUAAUUUUCACGACGGAUUGUGGACUUGGAAAAGUGUUCACGAUGUUAAAACAGAUUUUUAAACCAUACGUGGAUGUUCAAAAAUAGAUACAGUUAAUAACUUUUCUUUUCAUCUGACCGAAAUUCAUUAAGAGACCACUCCAUUAAGAGACCCGACUUAGCAGUCCCUUGGGUGGUCUCUUAAUACAAUGUCGACUGUAGUUACUUGACUAGAAUUAAAGAAAAAAAAAAUACACUGGAAUAUUAACUUGACUAAUGACUAGUUAGAUUAAUGACCCUUAGUAUUUUUUACCAGCGUGUAUUUUUCGGAAGACGCCAUAUUGUCUCUAGGGAAGCACUGGGUCACAUAUAUAUAGGUCGCGCUUGUUUGAAGUUCGAUUCGUGCACCCGUUUGAUAAACCAAUAACGUUUAUGAAGGCUUCAUCAGAUCGUUUUCAAACAAAAAAUAAUAAAUUUCGACUGAACAUUUUCCAUACUAUUUAUUUCUUUUUUAAUACGUGCAAAUACAUACUGGGAUAUUUUAAACUAUCAUCAUUUAAACAAGAAGUCGGGACUCGCCGAAUUUAGGCCUAAAAAAAUGCUGUG